AUCACGAAAAUGCGAUAACGCACUCGGUGUUUAUGCGGCGUUGUUUGAACACGGUUAAUAAAUGGUUUGUAAAUUAUCCGACCACCGUGUUGAUCAUGUUCUGAAAUACGAUGACGUCGCGAUUAAGUGGACGAAGCCGAUUUAAUGUUGAGCAGUAAUUUUUUUCUGGCGUAUUCCGUUCUCGACCUGAUGGUUUUGUAGGAUUCAUUUGCUACGCUAAAACCAUGGCCACCGUAAUAGCCAUCGAUCUGUCCGUGUCCAUGCUCCGAGACAUUAAAAUCAAAGACACCAAAGAAUCAUUUACGUUGCUACAGUUGGCCACUCAUGGUGUCAAUGUUCUGCUCGACUACUUAGCUGUACACUCAAGGCUCGAAUUUGUAGCUGUUGUGACAUUUUCAUCAACUUGUGAUGUGCUAUGUUCAUUUACUCGAGAUUAUGACCUAAUUAAAGCAAAAAUCACACAAUUAGAAUUCAGAACCAACACCUGCUACCCACCUGUAAUACAGACUAUUAAUUAUUUAGUUCAUAGUGAAUGGUCCAACUCAGUGACAUGCCAAGUUAUAAUGAUUACUGAUGGUAAUUGUUAUGAAGGUCUUCGGAAACCAGAUAUGACUCCAUUUCUGUUUCCUGGCAAACUUAUAGUUGUUCCCUUAGAUCAAGUGUCAUCCCUUUACAAAAACAAUUAUGACUCAAACAAACUUCCAAAUGGUCUUGGGCAUAUAAUGUCUCCUGAACUACCUCUGACCCCAUCUUCAGUUGCUAAAGUAUUUGAGAAAAUUUCUAAAGAAGCAUAUGUACCAUAUAGUGCAGUAUUACGAUGUGGUCAUUUAAAAUCAGAUAUUCAUUUAAUUCCUCCCCCCUAUUCUUAUACAAAAGCUGCAGAUUUUGAGAUAACUACCUGUUGUAUUUCAAAUGAACUGAGUAUUAUUGGAUUUCUUGAGUCUUCAAGAGUAGAAUGCCCUGCUACUUUAUCGCGUCAUCUUGUUUUACCUCAACGAGUUUCAGAUGAAUGUGUUGAAAAUAAUGAAGCAUCUUCUAAAACUCCAUCAUUUUGUGUGUUAUUACAUGGAGCAUUAAAAGUAGAAAACAUGACAGCUUUAUGUCAGUUAAGCUCUAACUGGUAUGGAUUAUUGGUUAGUUGGGCAGAUAAUAAAAAAAAAUCUAAUCUUAUGUUAAUUACACUUGAACCUGGAACAAAUGCAAUCCCUUGGUUAGGUGAUAUUCAAAAUCUUACAUUAUCACCUACAGAGUUAAGCAAAACUGAACUUGAAGAAUCACAACCUGUAAAAACUUCUGAUAAACGUAGUUAUAACCAGUCACAAUUGGUUUGGAUCAAGGAAGCUGGUCUUCAAGCAGAUAUUCAAAAAAUUUUAAGACAAGCAAGGAAAAUGCCUGAUAAAAUUCCAAGUUUUUAUAAAGAAUUAAAUCGAAUUCGAAAAGCUGCAAUUGCAUACAGUUUCAAUGAUCUAUUGACAAGUAUAGCUGACUUACUGGAUCUAGAAUGUAAUAAUUUGCCAGGCGGUACUCAUCCAGAUUGUGCUCUACAAUUAACUCAUGCUGCUAUAGAAUUACGAAAACCUUAUGCUAUGGACCCUAAACUUUCAAUCGGUCCAAUGAUAACAAAAUAUACCCACCAUGAUCUUAUGUAAUUUAUAAUCAAAAAAAUAAAUGAUUUGUGGUAUUUUAUCAAGUUAAACUCCUUGAUUAAUAGGCUCAUGUAAAUGAAUAAUUUAAGAAAAAUUACAUUUUUGUAUUUGUUUAUGGCUGAUUUUAAAUAAAUAUGUA